AUGCACUCGGCUUCCAGUAUGCUGGGAGCAGUGAAGAUGGAAGGGCACGAGCCGUCCGACUGGAGCAGCUACUAUGCCGAGCCCGAGGGCUACUCCUCGGUGAGCAACAUGAACGCCGGCCUGGGGAUGAACGGCAUGAACACGUACAUGAGCAUGUCGGCGGCCGCCAUGGGCAGCGGCUCGGGCAACAUGAGCGCCGGCUCCAUGAACAUGUCGUCGUACGUGGGUGCUGGCAUGAGCCCGUCCCUGGCCGGCGUGUCCCCCGGGGCGGGCGCUAUGGCCGGCAUGGGCGGCUCGGCCGGGGCGGCCGGCGUGGCUGGCAUGGGGCCGCACCUGAGCCCGAGCCUGAGCCCGCUCGGGGGGCAGGCGGCCGGGGCCAUGGGCGGCCUGGCACCCUACGCGAACAUGAACUCCAUGAGCCCCAUGUACGGGCAGGCGGGCCUGAGCCGCGCGCGCGACCCCAAGACUUACCGGCGCAGCUAUACGCACGCCAAGCCGCCCUACUCGUACAUUUCGCUCAUCACCAUGGCCAUUCAGCAGAGCCCCAACAAGAUGCUGACGCUGAGCGAGAUCUACCAGUGGAUCAUGGACCUCUUCCCCUUCUACCGGCAGAACCAGCAGCGCUGGCAGAACUCCAUCCGCCACUCGCUCUCCUUCAACGACUGCUUCCUCAAGGUGCCCCGCUCUCCCGACAAGCCCGGCAAGGGCUCCUUCUGGACCCUGCACCCCGACUCGGGCAACAUGUUCGAGAAUGGCUGCUACCUGCGCCGCCAGAAGCGCUUCAAGUGCGAGAAGCAGCUGGCCCUGAAGGAGGCCGCGGGCGCCGCGGGCGGCGGUAAGAAGGCGGCCGCCGGGGCCCAGGCCUCGCAGGGUCAGCUCGGGGAGGCCGCCGGGCCGGUCUCCGAGACUCCGGCGGGCACCGAAUCGCCCCACUCGAGCGCCUCCCCGUGCCAGGAGCACAAGCGAGGGGGCCUCGGGGAGCUGAAGGGGACGCCGGCCGCGGCGUUGAGCCCCGCGGAGCCGGCGCCCUCGCCAGGGCAGCAGCAGCAGCAGGCCGCGGCCCACCUGCUGGGCCCGCCGCAUCACCCGGGCCUGCCGCCAGAGGCCCACCUGAAGCCGGAGCACCACUACGCCUUCAACCACCCCUUCUCCAUCAACAACCUCAUGUCCUCGGAGCAGCAGCACCACCACAGCCAUCACCACCCCCAGCCCCACAAAAUGGACCUCAAGGCCUACGAACAGGUGAUGCACUACCCCGGCUACGGGUCCCCCAUGCCUGGAAGCCUGGCCAUGGGCCCGGUCACGAACAAAGCGGGCCUGGACGCCUCGACCCUGGCCCCAGACACCUCCUACUACCAGGGGGUGUACUCCAGGCCCAUUAUGAACUCCUCUUAA